CCCAGUACCAGGCAGCCUCUGCUCCGCGGCUCGGAGGGGGUGGGGAAGGCUGACCCUGGCGUCCCCUGGUCAGUAGCCCUUUUGUGUAAGUGCCUGGCAGGGGCGACUCCGGGGCUGCUCCCGGCCGCCCGGGUCCUCCCCUCGGGCUCUGUCAGAGGAAGGGGACACCUCUCUGCAGGGGUUCUCUGUCCCCAGUCACAGUGCAGAUGGCAAGCGCGUGGAGCUCCCCUCCACCCAGCCUUCCCUCCCUCCUCCUCCUCCUCCUCCUCCAGCUGUCCUUCAGCUACGCAGGACAGUUCAGGGUCACAGGACCCGGCCACCCCAUCCGGGCUCUGGUGGGGGAUGAAGCAGAGCUGCCGUGCCGCACGCACCCGGGGAAGAACGCCACGGGCAUGGAGGUGGGGUGGUACCGGCCCCCCUUCUCCAGGGUGGUCCACCUCUACCGCAACGGCCGGGAUCAGGACGCCGAGCAGGCCCCCGAGUACCGGGGGCGGACGGAGCUGCUGAAGGACAACAUGGGCGAGGGCAAGGUGACCCUCAGGAUCCGGAAGGUCAGGUUCUCAGAUGAAGGAGGCUUCACCUGCUUCUUCCGGGACCAUUCCUACCAGGAGGAGGCCGCGGUGGAGCUCAAAGUGGAGGAUCCCUUCUACUGGAUCAACCCCGGGGUGCUGGUCCUGAUGGCUGUCCUCCCCGUGCUCCUCCUGCAGAUCUCGCUGGGCCUCGUCUACCUCUGCCUGCAGCACAGACUGAGAGGAAAACUUCGGGCAGAGAUAGAGAAUCUCCACCGGACUUUCGACCCGCACUUCCUGAGGGUGCCCUGCUGGAAGAUCACCCUGUUCACGCUGGUGCCGGUGCUCGGACCCCUGCUUGCCCUGGUCAUCUGCUACAACUGGCUGCAUCGGAGACUGGCAGGGCAAUUUCUUGAAGAGCUAAGAAACCCCUUCUGAGCUGGACUGGCCCAUGGACCGGCCCUCAGGAUGAGGAUCCCCCAUGUUGAACACUCAUUGGCCUCCUCGCUGCAGGGACUUUCCAAUCUGCGUUUCCAGGAAUGCUCGGAGUUGCCAAUGGGAUUGCGUUUCC